AUGAGCCAAGCCGGGGAAGAGGAUGAAAAAAGCGAGAAUGAGCACUUUCACGACUCCCUCGACCGCCUCCUCUCUUCUUCCAACACUUCUUGCUCGGGCUCCCCCUCCAAUUCCGACCGCGAUGAUGAUGAAUACGGUGUGUGGGUUUCCCAGCCGUUGUCGGUGGAAGAGCGCCGCCUCCGCCUCCUCCACCGGAUGGGCCUCACCGGUGAACCCUCCCUCAUCCGCCGCGGCCCUGCCCUUACCUUCUCCCUCUCAUCGCAACAUCUCUUGAACCCCCUUGGUGAAAGGUUUUACAGUAUAAAUAGUACCACUUCGAAUAGCCUUGAUUGUAGUAAUAGUACUUACGGUCAUGGUUGUGAUGAUAGUAGUGAUUAUAAUGGUCGAGCUGUUGGGAUUGUACGGUCAAAGUCAGAUGGGGACUCUGAUUCACGCAACACUCAGUCGACUAUUUCGGUAACUGGUGGAAUUGGAUCAGAUGUAAAUUAUCACAACGGAAGCAGUAUCCAAAGACAUUGUUGUACUGAAAGAUCAAGUAGCAGCAGUAAAUCCCCUGCCAGCUGUACAGCCUCUCCCAAUAAACCCCCAAAAAUAAAGACUAAAGUCGAAGUUUCCAACCAUAAUUGGAGCUUAAGUAGUGCACACCCACCUCUUGUAAGGGAGGAGGAUCUGGGUGGGAAUUUGGAGUGUAAUGGACCUGAUGAUGUUAAUGGCCUGUGCGUGAUAAAAAAUCUCGACAAUGGAAAAGAGUUCAUGGUGAAAGAGAUGAAGGAGGAUGGGACUUGGAAAAAGAUCAAGGAAGUGGGCACCGGCCGCCAGUUAACCAUGGAGGAGUUUACAUCUGAAAUGUGUGUUGGGACUUCACCAAUCGUGCAAGAGUUAAUGAGGAGACAGAAUUUUGAGGAUGGAAACCGGGAGAGCUUGGAUUCAAUUGGUGAUGGGGGUGCAUCUAAGUCAAAGAAGAGGGGUAGUUGGCUGAAGAGUAUAAAAAAUGUCGCUAUUUCUGUCACGGGUCAUAAGGAGAGAAGGAGUAGUGAUGAGAGGGACACGUCAUCUGAGAAGGAUGGGAGGAGGUCAAGCUCUGCCACUGAUGAUAGCCAGGAUGUUUCCUUUCAUGGGCCUGAGAAAGUCAGGGUCAAGCAUUAUGGUAAGUCAGUUAAAGACCUGACAGCGCUUUACAAGAGCCAAGAGAUACAAGGUCACAAAGGGUCGAUUUGGUCAAUUCAGUUCAGUUUGGAUGGGAAAUAUCUGGCUAGUGCUGGUGAGGACCGUGUGAUUCAAGUGUGGCAGGUUGUGGAGACAGAAAGGAAAGAGGAUUUCUUUUCCGACAAAUUAGAGGAUGGGAAUUUCAAUCUUUCUUUUCUAGGCAAUGUGUCGCCUGAGCCGUCAUCAAUGUCACCGAAUUUGGAUGGUCAGUUGGAGAAAAAGAGGAGAGGGAGAUCUUCUAUAAGCAGGAAAUCCGUGAGUUUUGAACAGAUCUUUGUGCCGGAGACUAAAUCUGAGUUGCCUUACGUAGAAGUCAAGAAUUUUGAGAACUUGCUGACACUUAUCUGUAUUCUCCUACAGCAACUGCUUUCGUCUUCAAUGGACAAAACAGUGCGCCUCUGGGACCUGUCCAGCAAGUCUUGUUUAAAGAUCUUUUCCCAUAGUGACUAUGUAACCUGCAUCCAGUUUAACCCAGUUGAUGAUAGAUACUUCAUCAGUGGAUCCCUUGAUUCCAAGGUGCGGAUAUGGAGCAUUCCUGACCGCCAAGUGGUUGAUUGGAAUGAUUUGAAUGAAAUGGUAACUGCAGCUUGCUACACACCAGAUGGGCAGGGUGCACUAGUUGGUACGUACAAGGGCAGCUGUCGUUUGUACAACACAUCAGAAAAUAAAUUGCUCCAGAAAAGCCAGAUCAAUCUGCAGAAUAAGAAGAAGAAAUCUCAUCAAAAGAAAAUAACUGGUUUUCAGUUUGCACCUGGAAGUACAUCAGAAGUGCUCGUGACGUCUGCGGAUUCCCGGAUCCGGGUUAUAGAUGGUGUCGAUCUUGUUCACAAGUUUAAAGGGUUUCGCAACACGAACAGCCAAAUAUCAGCCUCCCUCACAUCCAAUGGAAAAUACAUCAUCUCUGCCAGUGAGGAUUCAUAUGUUUACGUGUGGAGACAUGAAGCCGAGUCCAGACCAAACAGAACCAAAGGUGUCACUGUUACUCAGUCUUACGAGUUUUUUCACUGUCAAGAUGUAUCCAUGGCAAUCCCUUGGCCUGGUCUGUCUGACAAAUGGGGUCCCCAGGAUUUUCCUGCUGGAGGACAAAAUGGUAAUUAUAAUGGCUGUGAGGAUGUCUAUAAUGAGUACCAUCCGACUACACCUGUUGGGGAAACUAACUGCAGUGAGGGCCCAUCAUUAGGGUCUGGUGAAUGCACUAGUAACCCUCUUAAUGGACAUUUAUCUUGUGUAACAAAUGGCCUUUUUGAUAAAGUCUCAGUGACGUGGCCUGAGGAGAAACUUCUUUUGGCUACUGCUAAGAACAGAAGUCCCCAUGUAAAUGUGGAUUUUUCGAAUGGGUUAUACCAGAACAGGUCUGCAUGGGGUAUGGUAAUAGUAACUGCUGGCCUUAAAGGAGAAAUCAGAACUUUUCAGAAUUUCGGGCUGCCCGUACGCAUUUAAGGCACCAAGGACGACUGAAAAAUGGUUUGGAGUCCCAUAGUCAGGUUUGCAACGUUUGUACAGAUAUGCAGAGGUUGUAAUAUUAGCGAGUUUUUCUCCUUUAGUUCUUUUUCCUGUUUUGUGUUUUUGCAUGUGGGUUUGGGACCCUAAUGAGGGGGCUUGUUGAUGGCACUGGUGAAAAUUUUAGUUGGGGGUGGGGAAUUGAAGAAAAAGGUAUACUCCGUUGAAUUUCACAAAACCGAUUUGAUCGGGAACUGUAGAGAUACGAGCAUUGUUAUAAUGUAAGCAAAAUUCUUGAUCCAUUUGUUCAUUUUUGUAUCCAUGCGGAUGAGAAACUUCCGAGUGAAUCUGGAAAUGGUUACUCCAAUGAGUGGCAUUUCUAAGCUCAUUACAAUCCAGUUCAAGUGUGAACUGAAUAUGGUUUUGUGAUUGACAUUUUUCACUAAUCACAAUGAAUUGUUUAUUUCAUUUGUGAUCAGUUUGAUUUUCCUUUUCCUUGCCCUA